AGCAAGUUUUUGGCUGCUUGACCGUGUUUUCAAUCAAAGUGUAGUGUGGUGUUUUCUGUGUGAUCAACGAUGGUUUGGGGUUUUGUUACUUGCGGCCCAAACGAGGCCUUGGUGGUAUCAGGAUGUUGUUAUAUGAAGCCUUUGCUGGUACCAGGAGGAAGAGCAUUUGUUUGGCCAUCGAUUCAACAAGUGCAAAGAAUCUCGCUCAAUACCAUGACGCUGCAGGUGGAAAGCCCGACGGUGUACACCAGCCAGGGCGUGCCGAUCUCGGUGACCGGGAUUGCGCAGGUAAAGAUCCAGGGCCAAAAUGAAGACAUGCUUCUCACCGCCUGCGAGCAGUUCCUGGGCAAAGCGGAAGCCGAAAUUCAGCAUAUUGCGCUGGUGACGCUCGAGGGCCAUCAGCGUGCCAUCAUGGGCUCGAUGACGGUCGAAGAGAUCUACAAAGACCGCAAGAAGUUCUCGAAGCAGGUGUUCGAAGUCGCCUCGUCCGACUUGGUUAAUAUGGGCAUCACUGUCGUUUCGUACACGCUCAAGGAUAUCCGCGAUGAGGAGGGUGCUAAGGGAUAUUUGAAAAGCCUUGGCAUGGCCCGCACGGCCGAAGUCAAACGAGACGCACGGAUUGGCGAGGCGGAAGCUCGCUGCGAUGCAACAAUCAAGGAGGCGAUUGCCGAAGAACAGCGGAUGGCCGCCCGCUUCCUAAACGAUACCGAGAUCGCCAAGGCUCAGCGAGAUUUCGAGCUAAAGAAGGCCGUUUACGACGUCGAGGUUCAGACGAAGAAAGCCGAAGCAGAGAUGGCGUACGAGCUACAAGCCGCUAAAACUAAGCAACGCAUCAAGGAGGAACAAAUGCAAAUCAAGGUGGUUGAGCGCACGCAGGAAAUCGCUGUACAGGAACAGGAAAUGCAGCGCCGUGAACGCGAACUCGAGGCUACCAUUCGACGGCCAGCUGAAGCUGAAAAGUUCAAGCUUGAAAAGCUGGCUGAAGCUAACAAGACACGUGUCAUACUUGAGGCAGAAGCAGAAGCUGAGGCGAUCAAGGUACGUGGAGAAGCCGAGGCAUUUGCAAUUGCGGCCAAAUCCAAGGCCGAAGCGGAGCAAAUGGCCAAAAAAGCAGAAGCUUGGAGAGAGUACCGUGAGGCAGCAAUGGUCGACAUGCUGCUGGACACUUUACCGAAGGUUGCCGCGGAGGUUGCAGCACCGCUGUCGCAGGCGAAGAAAAUCACCAUGGUCUCGAGCGGUAAUGGUGAGGUCGGUGCCGUCAAGUUGACCGGCGAAGUGCUGCAAAUCGUAAACAAGAUUCCAGAUCUGGUUAAAUCGAUCACUGGAGUUGACAUCUCGCGGUCUGUACACGCUGGUUAAGAAUGGUGCGUAAGAUCAUACAUGAACUAGAAUGCAGGCAUCGGUACACUUUCACAUUUCUCGCUUGCGGAGAAGGACACAUGCCAAGGAAGAGCAACCAGUGAACAUCAACGACGAACGAAAAACGAACAAUUAGUGGUAGCCUAAGAAAGCAUUCGUGAAAUGUAAAAUGUACACGUGUGUCCUUGUACCAUGCAAUGGAACCAAUAACCUUUUUUGCUGCUACGAAGGCAUACACUUAAAAUGAUUCUCCCCUUGUAAGUCGCAAACAAUACUCAAUUUCGGAUGUAUUACAAUAGCCCAAAUCUGCCGCAAUCGAAGCGGAAGUAUGCCGACGUUUUGUGAAAAGGUGGCAAUUUCUCUUUCGUGCGUCAAGUCAUUUGGUUAUGGAAAUAACUUCCAACGCGUAUCUCUUGAUGUCCAACACAAACCACUACUUGAAUUAUGUGAAACAUUUUUUCGUUUGAUUAUGCGCACGUUCCAUCAUACAAUGUUAUGUUCUAUUGUUUUAUAUACUAAGAUAUAUUUUUGAUUUCAUAAUUCAGGGUAUAGGGUGGUAAUUUAAGUAUUGUUACUUUUUUAGAAUGGUAUUCACACAAUCCUCCAACAAAUGCCAACCAAUGUAAUCUGAAGUGUAGGUUUCGCGAGUAACCAUUGAUUCGCUGAGUACAGAAGACGUGCGUGCGCCAUUGUUUUACAAUUUCUAUAAUUCAGUAUCAGUUUCUAGUCACUGCCACAAACUAUUUUGCACAACAGGCACAACGAUUUACACUUGAAGCUGUUGACUCCUCUCUUCCUUUCCCUUUAAAUGCCAUCAUAUUAAUGACCAUUUCAUCCACAAUCGUUUGUUGGACGAAUGAAGGAACUAUCCAGAAAGCAUAGUUCUGUAUUCAAAUGCCUUUACUUUACAAAUUAGUCUGGUAGAAAAAAAGAUGAGUUUUUCGUGAGCUAGAUCAAACGGCACUGGAGCUAACGAGUUCGUAGUCGUCGUUAGAAACUACCAUGCAAAAAUCGACUCGAAAAUGCCGCGAGAAUACGGUCACAAUUAAUGUACGGAACUUAACGUAAAACCUUGAACAAAAUGAAUAAAACCAUUCAUCCAUCCAUUAACUUGGCCUAGAUAUGAAAACUUACAAAAUCCAGAUACAGCCAAAGAAAGAAUUAGGCUUGCUUGGGUAUGUGUGACGAUAGCAUUUAUGAGUUGUUUACACGAAAUUUACCAAAUAUUUCCCGCAGCAUCCUUUGCACCAGUAGCAAAUCCAUGUUAACUACCGAGAGAUCCAGAAUCGAAACGAUAUUUUCAAAACCGCUGAGCAAAUUAUAUUUUUCCAUCGUUCAAAAUGUACCUUAAGAAGUUUUCUUACGAAAAAUGAAAUGCUGAUUUCACUGGACGUAGUAACCGUACAGGAUAUGUAACAUCCGACGGAAAAGGGAUGUGCGGAGAGUAGCAGAUGUAGUAAAUUGAACAAGCUGAAUACAGAGCUAACAAAACAAAAAAAUAUAUAUAUAUUUAGAAGCUGUAAAGUGGUGACUCUAAGUGGCAUAUAAACAAUGGUUCAUAUAUAUAUUUUGUAACGAAAUUUGCUUCUUGAAAUAACGAAACGUUCGAAUGCAAGCAAACGAAGGUCAAAGAAAUAGUAGCAUAAUACUGCGAUAAACGAAACACAAAAACCGUAUAACUUCAUGGGAAACAGAAUGGAUGGAGCAAAUAGGUGGAAAAUAAAGCAGCAUGAAGAUCGUGUCGUUGAUCGCUGUACACGAUUGCAUUGCUAACAAACAUUUCGAGUCGUCAUAUAUAUACUGGAAAGAAUAGUUAGAAUAACUCGCUAGUUAAACAACUUCCAGCGCCAAAGAAGUGUUCUUUUUUAUGUUAGUGAAUGUAAUGAUUCAUGUUCAACUACAAAUGCAUGUUCGAUACAAAUGUUUAAAAAUAUGUAUCCCUCUGGAGUGGAAAACCUAUACUUCCCUCCAUUCAUUCCUUUCAAUUACAGCUGGUGAAACGUUUAGGUGUGGCGACAUUUUUUGUAAGCAAUGGCAAAUAAAACCAAAAUCGUCAAAGCA